AUGAAGUUCUCGUUUUCUCUUCUUACCCUCUUUUCGGGCAACAUUCUUGUCAAUGCCUUUCCUGCUCUUAACCCGAGUCACCUUGAAGGCCUCACACCAGAAAAGCUAGAUGCAGCUAUUCGAUCCGUUAACGAGUUGAAGCAAUCCAAGAGGUUCCUUGUAGACGUCAACAAACCCAUCGAUAUCACCGGUAAACACGCUUUCCAGGCUCCCAAGGGUAAAGACCAGCGUGGACCUUGCCCUGGACUCAAUGCUUUGGCCAACCAUGGAUACAUUUCCCGCGAUGGUGUUACUAGCUUUGUAGAGGUUGUUGCUGCCAUCAACCAAGUGAUGGGCAUGGGUACAGAGCUCGCACUCGUACUCGGUAUUAUGGGUACAGUCUGGACAGGAAACCCACUUUCAUUGGAUCCGGGCUUCUCCAUUGGAGGUCCAGCUAUUGGCCCAGACAACAUCCUGGGAAAUCUUCUUGGCCUUCUUGGCGAUCCACGGGGACUUCAAGGUUCGCACAACUGGAUCGAGUCUGACUCAUCUCUCACGCGCGAUGACCUUUACGUUACGGGUGAUGCAUGGACAAUGAAUAUGACUCUGUUCCGCGAUAUCCAUGAUCGUGCCGACGAAAAUGGUGUCAUCUCUAUGGAUUUGCUGGCCGACCAGGCUGCCCGCCGCUGGGAGUACAGCGUCUCACACAAUCCAAACUUCUACUAUGGUCCUGUUACCGGAAUGGUAAGCCGCAACGCCGGUUACUUUUUCCUUGGCCGGCUGCUGUCAAACCACACGGCCGAACACCCCGAUGGUAUUCUCACUCAAGAGGUCUUCCGUAAAUUCUUUGGCGUCUACGAGGGAAACAAUGGAACGUUUGAGUACCGCAAAGGCCACGAAACCAUCCCUGAAAACUGGUACCGCAAGCCGGUAGAAUAUGGCCUUGUUCCUCUCAAUCUCGACAUUGUAAGCUGGGUCAUGAAGCACCCGGUCCUUGGCAGCAUCGGCGGCAACACCGGCACUGUAAACUCAUUCACUGGUGUCGAUCUCGGUAACGUUACGGGUGGCGUGAUAAACGUGACUUCCUUGCUCGAAAACAACAACCUCCUCUGUUUCGUGUUUGAGGUGCUCAAGACAUUCUUGCCCAAUUCGCUCUCUGGCUUACUGGCCACCCUUGAAGUCCCGAUCAAAUUGGUAACCGAUACCCUUGCCGCGCCGCUUCUGGAUCUUGCAUGUCCCGCGUGGAAGGAUUUGACAGAGGGUGGCGAGCCGCUAUGGGAUUCUCUUCAGAAGAACUUCCCUGGAGCUCUCAAAGCUGGGUCCAGUCUUUGA